AGGAGAAUAUUCCCAAGGUAACAAAAGAAAAGAAAAGGAAGAAGAAGCAAUUGGAUAUGCAAAACAGAAGAAGCAAGGAAGAGAUAGAUGAAUGUCAUCUCUCAUAUCAUAAAGAGGAAAAUUUUGCCAAGCUAACAAAAGAAAAGAAAAGGAAGAAGAAGAAAUUGGAUAUGCAAAACAGAAGAAGCAAGGAUGAGAUGAACGAACACCAUCUCUCAUCUCAUAAAGCAGAUGAAUCGAAUAAUGCAGAUGGGGAAAAGAAAAAGAGCAAAUCAUCCAAGCAGAAGAGAAAAAGUAAUGCACUUGCUGAAAGUGGUGGAGUUAAUCAAUCUAGUGAAAUAGAGGAUGGAAUUGGUCAAGAAAAUACCAUAUCGAGUGAACCUGAUAAUCAGGAAACAAGGAAAUCCAGGAGAAAGAAAAGAAAAGGUGACAAGAGAGCUGGCAAAGUUGAAGGUGUCCCCAAACGACAAAAAGGCAAUUUAAAAGAGGAUGGCGACAUUGUUGAGAAGGAUCAUACUUUUUCAACAGCUAAGGAUAGUUUUCCUGUGGAGAGAGAACAAGCUGAAGAAGAAGAGAUUUAUGAACUAUCUUCAGGGGAUGAGGAUUACUCCAAAGGAAUGAGAAAAUGGGUUGCUGAUUAUUAUCAGAAUAGGCCAGGGUUAGAAGUGUUGCAAGAAAGGAUUGAUGAAUUUAUUGUUGACUACGAGGCGAAAAAAGAACAGGAAAAGAAAGAAAAGGAAGCUCUUGCUGCAGAAGAUGGAUGGACUGUUGUUGUACAUCACAAAGGCAGGAAAAAGACUACAGAUUCUGAAACUGGAAUUGCAGUCGGUUCUGUUUCUCAGGCUGCAGUUAUGGACAAUAUGGCCAAAAAGAAGAAUAAAGAUGUGGGGUUAGAUUUCUACCGGUUUCAGAAAAGAGAAGCAAAGAGAAAUGAGAUCAUGGUGUUGCAGAGCAAAUUUGAGCAGGAUAAGAAGCGGAUACAGCAGUUGAGGGCGGCAAGGAAAUUUCGACCUUACUAAACAAAGAAAUCUCCAUAACAGAGUUGUAGCUACACAAAAUUUUCAGAGAACCGGUGUCUAGAUUUGUUCAGCUCAAGUUCUGCUUCCUUAAAGAGAAUCAGCUUAGCUCACAGCACAGGGCAUAUUAUAGUACGCGGGAGACGAGUAUAAUGAACAUUGUUCUUGUAUGUAGUUUCCAAUUUUGGUUGUAGUUGAGUGAGUACAUACUAAUUUAUUUUGUCUACUGAAGCUUAUGCUUCAUGUUUCUAAAAAUUGGAAUUUUGCAUACAACUCAGCUCGUGGUUAUAUCAUUCUGUGGUCUAUUUAUCUUUAUGACACUACUUCCUAGUGGAUUUGAUCUUAAAA